AUGGCGGAAUUUGCUUACAAUAACGCAGUACAUAGCAGUACAGGGAAAACACCGUUCAAGGCCCUAUAUGGCUGGGAACCCACCUUGACACCGUCCAACGUCCCAACAGAUGUACCAGAAGCCAAUGACCUUGCGGUAACAAUGGAAGCACAAUGGAGAGAAGUCAAAGCUGCCCUCCGGCAAUCAAAGAUACAAAUGACUGCCGGGGAAUCAGGAACCCCCUUAGAAUUUGAGAUUGGAGAGGAAGCAUGGCUUGACGCCAAAAAUGUCAACCUCAAGACCCUGAGCCCAAAGCUAACAGAACAACGCUUAGGCCCAUUCAAAGUUACCAAGAAAAUAUCUGACCGCGCUUACCAGCUUGAACUUCCCCCAACAAUGCGCAUUCACAAUGUGUUCUAUGUGGGACUUCUAUCUAAAGUCAAAAGGGACGACAAACAAACCUUCAAAAACCGCCCGCCACCAGUCACUGUGGACGGAGAGGAAGAAUACAAGGUAGAAGGAAUAACCAACGCAGAAGAACGCAACGGGAAAUUGUUCUUUUGGGAGGACAUGAGAAAGAAGGCCCUUGGCGCUGCCAAGGCCCUCAGAGGGGGGGCAGUGUUGUAG